CUACUCACACCUGAAAGUCACAAACCCUCAAUACACCACACACAACAACAUGCGUCAAAAAAGAGCCAAGACGUAUCGGAAGCUGAUGUCGCUAUACUGCUUGCAUUUUGGGUUUCGCCAACCGUAUCAAGUCUUAGUCGACUCGGAGAUGUGCAAGGAAGCCAUAUCCUCCCACCUCGAUCUCCCCAAACAACUCGCGACGGUCCUCCAGGGCAACAUUAAGCCCAUGAUCACGCAGUGUUGCAUACACGAGCUUUACCUGCAAGGGAGGACGCAACAGCCAGCUGUGGACCUCGCCAAAACCUUCGAGAGGCGAAAGUGCAAUCAUAGGGAGGCGAUCCCGGGGGAUGAAUGUCUGAUAAGCGUCGUCGGCGACACAAAUAAACAUCGCUAUGUCAUUGCAACGCAGUCGCAGCCUCUCCGGUCCAAACUACGUAAAAUAGCCGGUGUACCUCUCAUCCACAUCAAUCGGUCAGUGGUAGUGUUGGAACCACCAAGUGACGCCACUCUUGAAAAGAAAGAAAACGAGGAGGAACAGGCUUUGCUCGUCCCUGAAACUGAGAAGGCUAAGCUCCCGGCGGCAGCACCAGCAGAGGCACCCAAGAAGAAACGGAAAGGUCCCAAGGGGCCAAAUCCCCUGAGCGUGAAGAAAAAGAAGACCGCAGGGGAAACGGGUGCACCGCCGGCAAAGAGAAGUCAUCCUUCGAAUUCAGACCCAACGAAGGACACCGUCGGAUCUAAGAGAAAGCAGGAAGAAGCAGACGAUCAUCGUGACGAGCCUGGCACCGCUGAUGGUAGCUCAGGUCACAAGAGGAAAAGGCGGAGGAAACACAAACAGAAAGACGGGAAUGGCGGCAAUGAAGGAGAUGAAGAAGAGAAUAAUGAUUGA